AGAGGAGGCUUGGGGAAGGAGUUGGCAUCAGUGAGUGAAAUCUGGACCACUACGGUUUGCCUGUGUGUGGCCGUUUGGGGAGCGGUGUUGUAAGCGGUUUCGCUACUACGCGACAGGCGCCGGAGACCCGAGUUCAACUCCUGGCCGUGGUAAACACCGGUGGCGCAGUCGUACAGUAACUGAACCCGUCCUUCACCCCCCCCCGAAGGUGCUCGCAAACAGGACUUUGCGACCAACAGUCUAUCGGGGCUACAUCGGACGGCGGGGAUACUGGUUCGGGCAGAUUUUGGAGGUCGCGUUAUCUUCUGUGCAGCAGCUACGCGCUCCGACGGAGGGUAGAAAGCAAGCGGCAUCGCUGGCGAUGGGAUCUUGAUCUCGGAGAUGGUGCGAGGCUGGUUGCAGGAGCUAGGAGGACCUCUUCUCAAGGCGGUUCCGACGCCAGAGCCUCAACUCUGAGACCCAGCCCCGAGCCACUGCCGGCAUCGUCCGUUGGGGACGGGAGGGAUGAGGCUGCCAUGGAGAAGUUUCUUCCUGCCUCCCUCCUCCUUGGACACGGAGGAGCGCCAACCGCUGCUGUCGCCAACCGCUCAGGUCUCCGCUCCGCCACGCGAGGCCAAGGGGCGGCCCGAGGGGUCCGCGGAGGAUGUCACGGAGGUCGGAGAGGUCGAAGAGGACAGGCCGGCUGGGGAGGUCGCCCCCGCGAGCCUCGCGGCGCGGUGGGUCACGGCCAGGGUCCGGCUCCGCGCUUGGCUCGCACUCGGGCGCUCCAAAGCUCAGGAGCACCGGCACCAUCGGCGGCAUCAGCAGCAGCAGGGCCGCAGCCAACGUCGACACUCUCUACCGCAGCACCGGUAUCACCGGCAUCACCAGCGGCACCACCGGCGCGGCGGUCCUCGCGUCAACCUCUGCGCCAAGUACUCGCUCUUCUGCUCGCAGUUCCUCGUGGCGGCGCUCAGCUGCCUGACGCUCGCCGUGUCGCUAUGGGGACUCGCGGACAAGGAGCGAUUCUCCUCCUCCUCGGGAGGCGCCGACGGUGGCGCCGCGCUCCUCCCCGCCGACCCGCUGCUCAUCCCGCUCCUCGCCGGCGCCGGCUCGGCCGCGCUGGCGGCCCUGGGCUGCGCGGGGUCGCUCCGGGAGAGGCCCCCGCUGCUCCGGGCCUUCGCGGCCGGGCUCGGGGCGCUGGUGUGCGCCGAGGCCGUAGGGGCGCUGGCGGCGUACGGGGCGAGGGAGUGGGUCGGCGAGGCGUUGGCGCGAGGGGUGGCAAGGGGGGUGGAGCGCUACCGGGACGACCCGGACGUGAGGUUCAUCGUGGACGAGCUGCAGCGCGGCCUGCGGUGCUGCGGCGCCGCAUCGUACCGCGACUGGGAGAGGAAUGUCUACUUCAACUGCAGCUCGCCGGGCGUGCAGGCGUGCGGCGUGCCGGCCUCCUGCUGCCUGCCGCAGAUCGACGGCGAGGCCGCCCUACCGGACCCGGUGGUCAACUCGCAGUGCGGCUACGGGGCGCUGCGCGUGAGCGAGGCGGAGGCGCUGGCGCGCGUGCACGCCGCGGGCUGCGCGGCGCGCUUCUCCGCGUGGUUCCACACCAACGCCGGCGGGCUGGGCGCCGCGGCCAUCGCGCUGCUGUCGGCGCAGGUGGCGGCGCUGGGGCUCGCGACCAAGAUGCUGAGCGACAUCGAGAUGGUGAAGGCGCGCUGGUGAGGGCUCAAAGUACGCGGGCGGCGCGCGAGUCAACGUUGACCGUCACCGUGUCACCGUCAUCGUCACCGUCAUCUCCAUUGCAUCGAGAUGAUGAAGGCGUGGUGGUGAGGCCUUCAGUGGCUACUCAACCAUCGACGCCUUCGAGGCCACUGUGCUACGCACAAACAGGUCGCCAUUAAGAAGGCUACGGAGGUGUGGUGCGUGGUGAGCAGAGUCGUUGAAAUCCACUGCUGUGCCGUACUUCCACGCUUCCGCCUUUUAUGCUCCUCGUCCUUUACCAACAGCCGCAUCGGCCACCGUGGUGAAGCGUGAUAAGAUAAUACGUAAGCCCCAUGACCCGCAUAGCUGUGCGCGGAAGAGGCCCUCAUCCGGCAGUGGAUUGACGAAGGAGGCUGUACGUGUAGACGCCGGAGCGUUGCCCCAUUCGCAGAGCAGUUAUGACCACGCGUCGCACAUGUAUGUACAGUACAACCUUGGAUUGCGAGUAACUUGGUCUGCGAGUGUUUUGCAAGACGAGCAAAUUUUUUAAAUAAAUAUUAACUUGAUAAACGAGCGAGGGUCUUGCAAUACGAGUAGUGUACGUAUACGCUUUGUCUGCCGAGCGUCACGUGAUCACAACUGAUAUACGAGUGCUUUGAUAUACGAGUGCUUUGGAUUACAAUCACGUUUCCGGAACGAAUUAUGCUCGCAAUACAAGGUUUUCCUGCAGUUACAGAGCUACUCACAGCCUCUCCUCGCUUAAUAAAACACCUCCGUAACAAAACGGGUAAGAAAGGUCACACGCACACGCAGGCAAUCUUAGAAGAUUUCCAACACCUCUUUGCACACGGGUAGUUGGUGAGCGACAACAAUGGUAGGUUGUAAGCCACACGGGGAGAUGACGUCGCAUGUUAUGAUGCCAUGUAGCGAUCGUACCACCGUGUAGGAUUUAACGGUUGUGCUCCACGUGGAUCGAAACGUCGGACACCGAAGCCGAGCGACGCGCGGUACAACCUGGCAACGCACCGCGGAGGCUACGCAGCAGCACCACCCGCGAAAAUCCACUCAGUCAUGUUAACUGUCGCUAAUCUUCACGCAGCACCGUCGCUCACGGGGGAUGGAAGAUCGCACACCGGAGAACUAACCCUUAAAUCAAUUUGCAUCAUCUUUAUGAGAGUUACCGUGCCCCACUCAUCGCAGACAGACGGACGGACGGACGGACUGACUGAGUGACGUGGCAGAGCUAAUGGCACCCACGCUUUUCAACCUUACGUCGGAAAGCUUUACGGAAAAAAAACACAUCAUACGGACCACACCCGGGGAUGGAACCCACCCACCCACCUGCGGCCCGUCGAGCGGGUGGUGGCGCGUCAAGGCGUGGGCGACCGCUUCGUCCGAGAGCCGGGAGAAGUUUGCGGCGUCGGCCAGCUCCGCCAGACGGCGCAGGAAGACCGAGAGGCGGCCCUCGGGCUCUGUGAGGGCCGCCCUGGUCAGGGCCAGCGAGGCCUCCUCCUCGGCCUCCCAGUCCAGGUCCCACUCCUCGGCCUCCUCGUCCUCCCAGCCGCGCCCUCGGUCGAGGGAGGGCCUCCCCGGGUGGGUCAGGGUGUCGCGGUCUGGGUUCAGAGGCUCGUACAGCAUCUGUGAGCCGGCACCGGGGCGGGGAGGCUCAAGAUCACCCGAUGGGCGGGGGGGGGGGUCGCCGCGGUACCGCACAAGGAUAUUUUGAGAAAAAACGAGGGAGCCGCCGGUGGAGUUGUUGGCGCACAGGCGCAAAAUGACAAACGCUCGAGGGGGCGACCCGGCCGACGAGCAUCUUGAUUGUCCGGCAAUGGUUCCCGUAUUUCGCACGCAAUUUAGAUCAAGAGCAUUUCGUGCAGUUUCCCCAAAAGUGUUUGGAACCACCGCUCAGUUUUGUCUCCUUUGGCAUCUCCAUUCUGCCCUCUAUAUCCUCAUUUACGCUUGCUCACUUAAAAAUCACCGAAGGUUGAAAGUGUGGAUGUAAUCUUACGCCAAGAUAGCUGUUGCUAAGUUUUUUUUUGUUGUUGUCUGUAACCGAUGAAUGCUGCGUUGUUGUCUGACGGAUGAGUCGCCCUUGAAAAAAAGAGCGCCCUAGCUCGGCAGGCUCUUUAUUCGGGGUGCGAAAUAAACUUCUGAAGCCGAUGGAACUCGCGUGCGGUUUCCAACCGGUUUGGGGCUGCGUUUCGAGGGUUUGCCACGCACCACUACUGCGGGGGGCAUCUUCAGGAGUUUAGAAUUUGGGAGAAGGAAGCCCAACCCAGGCACGUGGAUAAUAACUCGGAUUUGAAAACCAGAGCGGUGAAAAACUCAACACGUUCAUCGGUCACACUGCCCCGAGGAGGACUAAAUAUACAAUAGGAGACGUUUCACGAAUGGUCCAUCCUUCUGUUAUGAAGUUGGGCCGUUGCCCCGGAAUGUCAACUCUGGUAAAUAAACAGUAAGGUCUCAGAGUACGCGGGCUCAAGAGCACGUGGACCCGCUCAUACGCGACCGACCCCGAUUCAUUCUCACACCUUGUGACUCGUACUUUCGCCGCACGCACUGGGGCAGAAAGCGAGGAGUCAAAUCACCCUCCCCACCAUCCACGCGCACGUGGAUUUGACGGGGUGUAAACCGUAUCGCCCGCGCCAGAAACGAGUAAAAAAAAAAACCUAUCGUGUUCUAAUCUAUUGUUAACAAAAUAUAGUGUUAAUAAUCGUCUAGUGUUCGACCUGACCUGGAUGCUACCGAUGAUUAGUGAAUCAUUUGCCGUACAGUACUGUCCUUUAUUAAAUAAGAUGUACAUUGAAAAAAAUUGUAUAUUCACUCUUACAUUUUAUAUACUACACUCGUGCAGUAACAUAACAGUGUAAAGUAGUAUAUAGUAAUAUGAGUAUAAAGUAGUGCAUAGUAGUAUACAGUUUUGUGUAUAAAGUGUAUGCACUCGUACAGGCGAAUCACAGCUUACGAGAAUUUGCGCUUACGCGGCGGUACACGGAACCUAACCCCCCCCCCCCCCCCCCCCCCCCCCCCCCCGCGUACUCUGAGACAUGAGUGUAGAUAAUGUCCCUCCCUCUUCAGGGCAGUGUCGUUUACUACGAAUGUACGACGAUCAUACCGUCUUGUUUUUUUUUUGCAAUAGGUCGUUAUACAUCGUUGCUUCAUCGUGUUUUCCUCAGAUCGUUUAUUUCAUCACAAAAUACCCUGGGAAGUAACAAACGCUAUAAAUAAAAUUAUACUUCCGGGGUGGAAAUGGACGGGAUGGGUCCCCACUUCACUCCUUGCGAGCCGUGGGUCGACGCUAACCACGCCACCAUGCUGACAUCUGCAGGCUCGGCCCCGCUUAGCUUACGAGAUCUGAUGUUGAUUAUUAUUAUUAUCAUGAUGUUGAUUAUUAUUAUUAUCAUCUACUUGUGUUCAGCACAAUGAUCCCGCGAGGGCCUUGAGGAGCCCUCCCUCGCGUCUUUAGCGCAGACUUGAAGGAGGUUUACAGGGCAUCACGGCCCAGUCGAAGCGACCUCCUCCUGCUGCUGCUGCUGCUGCUCAAAUGAGCAGUGAGACAUUGGUGCUCAUCUCCCGUUUACAGCCCUGAGACAAGAGGCGGAAAUUCCACAUUACUGUGGCGGGGUCUAUCCAUAGGACGACAACCACCGUCGACUGCCCUAGAAAAUUCGCACUAAAUUGAUCGACCCCAGAGGGUUGGUAACCCUCAACCAGGAUUUUGACUCAAAACAUUACAAUUAACCACCGGACCGGUUAUAGGGUGUGGUGCUUGUGUUUGUUUGCGUGAUCAACUGCAAUUCCUGGGCCCCGCCUGUUUGCAUGCUUUAUUAAAGCGAAGAGCAUCAUUA